AUGAAUCAUUCCGAGAGUCUUCAAAAACUUUAUAAUGAUCUGAUAUCCGAAAAUAUCCGUUCCGAAGCUCAAAUGAUAAAUCCGGAAGGCGUUAUACAAUAUUUUCCUUCGUUAAAACACAUAAAAAGUUUUGAAGAAGAUGUUGAUGAUUUGACGAAUGGAGUAAACUAUUCAUCACCAUACAAGAAACAAAGACGGAGUCGAACAGCAUUUAGCAGUCAACAGUUAUCCGCACUAGAAAAGACCUUUCAAAAAACACAUUAUCCAGAUAUAUUGAUAAGAGAAAGAUUGGCAUUAUGUACGAAUCUACCGGAAGCUCGUAUACAGGUUUGGUUCAAAAAUCGCAGAGCUAAGUACAGGAAAAAACAAAAGUUAUUACAAAAGGUGGAUCUUAAUGGCACGUACAGACAUUCAUACGAUUCGAACCAAGAACCAAAAUCGAAUGAAAAUAUUCCCCCUGAAUCUAUAGAUGGAAGUGAUCUGGAAGAAGGGAAAAAUUUAAACUACGAAAAUCAAAACGGAAAAAAUGAUGAAAGUUUGAUGCUUACAAGAAAGGAGGAAAUUAAAGGCAACGAUAAUUUGCAAUCCAUAACGUGCUCACUGAGUAAUAAUGGUGAUAGGGAGAGUGAACCUUUCCAAAAUAAGAACCACCGAGAUAAUAAUAUGUUAAAACAAAAAAUAUCAGUUACCAAUCAUAUAAAUAUUAGGCAUCAAUUAAUUGAAGACUGCUUAGAUGAGAGUUUGCCUUGCAUGAAUGGGACAACUUUGAAAGAUAGAUUAAGGACUAUGUAUGAAGACUGCCAAGCAGUUCCAAUCUGCGAUGAGCUAAAAAAUAAAUAUACUCCAAAAUUAAGAAGAUUUAAGAAGAAGCAAGAAAAAGAUUACGAUAUUCUUUGCAACAAAAACGAUACUGUCAAAGAUUCCAAUGAUAAUAAUAAAAAUUUAAUAAGUUUUAAUAAUGAUUACGUAGAACCUCCAAGUUUUUACAUGAACGAUUAUACGGCUUCAUUAAAUAACUAUAUGAAUUAUAUAGGUACAACUCAAAAAAACAUGUUAAAUUAUGGUCAUAUGCCUAAAGGUGAGAUACCUUUGCCUUACUAUAAUAACUCUAUGUAUAAUAUGCCGUAUUUCGUAAAAUGUUCCUCAAAUAACAAUGAAAUGUUAAAAUUUCAAAGAAAUGAUGUAGAGAUGACCCAAAUUUCGGAAUCCAGAUUGAAGGGGUUAGAAACACAGAAUUUUUAUAAUUUGAUGAAAAGUUCUGCCCUCCCCAUAAAUAACGUUGCAAACGGGAAUUUAUCGCAUUGUUUAAACACCGGACCGCUCGGUAUAUCCGCGGAUCCUGGCGUGUAUGAAUAUUAUCAAAAGUAUUACGAAUAUUUUCAUUCGAUGGCAAAUCAUUAUUACGGGUAUAAUGAUUUUAUGAGAUAUUAUAAUUGCAAUGAUCACAACAUUUCCAAUUCUAACCUUAGUCUCAAGGUGAAAGACCCUUAUGUGAGAAGUGAUAGAAAAAAAAUUGAUUCUCAUGAAACUAUUUGGGACAAGGUUAAUAAAAACCAACAAAAGAUAGAUGGAAGAGUCCCAAAGUAUAAUUUGGCUGCUCAUACUAAAAUGUUGAACAACGCGUCGCCAUAUUCAAAAUCUCAAAAUUAUGAUUAUCCCUACCAUGGUACAUAUCUAGAAACUAGGAAACACUUGAGUCAAACAAAAUUAUUAAAUAUCUCCUCCCGAUUAAACAAUUUAAAACGUAAAUACCGUUUAAUGUUAAGAAUACGAAAAAAUAUCAUGUUAAAAACCAUGAAAUUGAAAAACUUCUCAAAAAAAAUAAAUAAAAUGUUGGAUCCAAAAUGUAAGCCUCAUAAACAUAUAAACAGUGGUGGGUACAAUAAUCGCCCAAAAGCUCAUAUUCUACUGCUUUCUCAAAAAUUGAUCAAGAUUAUGGUAAGGCGGGCUUUAGAAAGGGAAUUAUAUGGGAAAAUGAGUAAAGGGUAUCAUAAAAACAAGACCCAAACAUUUUCUACAAUCCAAAAGUGUAUAAAUAAUAGCGAUAAAAUUAUAUCAAAUAGUAACAAUUUUAAAGUUAGAAGUAUUGCCAUGUCAAGCGUCUUAAAUUGCGCGACUGAUAAAGUGAUAGAUGGCACAGACAAAUUGACAAAAAAAUCUUACAAUAUAGAAAAUAUAUUGCAUAACGUUUCCGGGUUAAAAACUAAACAACUAAUUAAUUUCCCUUCCAACCAUAAAAAAUCUAUCACUACCCUAAAAUUACCUUCGGAAAGAGUUCAAUCUAAAUUCAAUUAUAUGAACGGCAAUAGUUACAGUAAAAAGACCAUUCCUCUUAUUGAAAAUCGAGUGAAAAAUACGCCUUUGACAAUUGAUGAGAAUCACCAAGACAUAACAACUUACUUUCCAAUAAGCCUUUCGACUAAUGGCAAUGCUCCCCCAAACCCUUCAUUAAUAGGGGCAGCUAAGGUUGCUAUAACAUCAAAAAUGUCUCCUCGUUACUCUAGUGUUUCUCAAAAUGACGUUUUAUCUAAAUAUAACCACAAUGGGUUAAUGCCCAACAAACGAAAAUACACAGUUCCUAAACCAAUAAAAAACAUUCCUAACUAUCAAAAUGUUUGUACAAAAGAUAUUCUCAAGCCUAAAUUAUCCCCAAAUCCUCCAUUUAACAAUGUUCAUUCCGAUUUAGAAAGUGAUGUGUUUAAAUAUUACCGUGAUUAUCAAAUGAUGUAUGUUAAAAAAUUUAUGCCACAACCUCAUAGAUGA